AUGUAAGAAAAACAAUAGAUGAUUUAAAAAAAGUGAUGAAAAAUUUUGAAUCCAGAGUUGAAUUCACAGAAGAUUUGCAGAAAAUGAGUGAUGCUGCAGGUGACAUUGUUGACAUAAGAGAAGAAAUUAAAAGUGACUUUGAAUUUAAAGCAAAACACCGAAUUGCUCAUAAACCUCACUCCAAACCAAAAACUUCAGAUAUUUUUGAAGCAGAUUUUGCAAAUGAUGUAAAAUCCAAGGAUUUGCUUGCUGAUAAGGAACUGUGGGCUCGACUUGAAGAACUAGAGAGACAAGAAGAAUUGCUGGGUGAACUUGAUAGUAAGCCUGAUACUAUGAUUGCAAAUGGAGAGGAUACGACGUCUUCUGAAGAAGAAAAGGAAGAUCAGAAUAUAAAUGUGCAUGUGAUGCAUCAAGUAACAGACUCUGUUACUUCCAGCAGCUGUUAUAAGGAUGUUACACAUUCAGAACUGUUUGGUGGUCAAAUGAAUGGCAUUCAUUCAAUGAACGGUUCAAAUUCUUACCACAGUAAUGAAGAUGAUGAUGAUGAUGAUGAUGAUGAUGUUGAUGGUGGUGAUAAUGAAAAUGAAAAUGACCAUGAUGCUUUAGGGGUUGGAGAUCAUUCUAUACCAACAAUAUAUUUUUCUCAUACUGUCGAACCUAAGAGGGUCCGAAUAAAUACUGGAAAAAAUACCACUUUAAAAUUCAGUGAAAAGAAAGAAGAAGCUAAACGUAAACGAAAGAACAGCUCUGGUGGUGGUCAUUCUGCCCAAGAGCUGCCUACUAUCAGGACUCCUGCUGACAUUUAUAGAGUCUUCGUUGAUGUUGUGAACGGAGAGUACGUGCCUCGCAAGUCGAUCCUGAAGUCUCGCAGCAGAGAGAACAGUGUUUGCAGUGACACCAGUGAAAGCAGUGCUGCGGACUUGGACGACCGGCGGGGAGGCCUGAGGAGUGUCAGCUGCGAGGAGGCCACUUGCAGUGACACUAGUGAGAGUAUUUUGGAAGAGGAACGAGAGGAAAACCAUCCCAAGAAACUUUUGUCCUUAUCAGGAAUGCCUGAGGCUUUUUCUGGAACUGUAAUAGAAAAAGAAUUUCUGUCGCCCUCCUUAACACCACACCCAACCCUGGUUCAUCCUGUGCUACCCACCAUUCCAGAACGAAAAGAAGUUCUGUCAGAAGUAUCAGAAGAGACUACAAAGAGGGUUUCAAAGUUCAAAGCUGCCAGAUUGCAGCAGAAAAACUAGGGCCUGCCUAGGCAAUGGGAGUUUACAUCCUGGAACCUAGUUUUGCAUUUCUUUAGAAUCUAUAUCGCAAAAUAUGUUACGUGUAGUUUGAAAUAGGCAUCCAGAAUUCAUUUGGCAGCAAGAUCUCUUACUGUUAUCAGUGGUAUUCAAAAUCAAAGUAAAUGUUUGAAUACUUUAAUAUUCAGCUUGUUUUGUUAAUUCUCUGAAUACUGUCAAUACUGUUGUCUAAGUGUUCUUAUGAUGCACUGGCAGUAUUUAGAAUUAUUUUUCAAAGAAUACUGUUCAUAUGCAUUGUUUUUGUGUUUUGAACUAAAUACAGGCAGUUUUGUACCAGCUGUGAAGUUGUGCAUACCAUAUGGACCAUUUUAAGGAAACUUAAAAAAUUUCAAAUAGAUUCAACAAUUAUGUUACUUGCUUUAGCAUUUUAAAGGCACUUUAAAAAAAUCUACUUCUUGUAGGUUUUGCAGCUAGGUGGCUAUUUAAAAAAACUCUCCCCUUUGACGGUCAUUCUAUCAUCUCUGAGGCCGAAAGCUACAUGUACCCUCUGGGAAAGUUUCUUUGAUUAGAAGAAUGGUAUUUUGUAAAACAUUUUUUUUUUUUCAAGUAAAAAUUUUAUGAAACUUGAUCUCUAAAAUGUGAAGUUUAUGAUUCGGAAUUGAAUACAGAAAUGUCUUUGAUUCAUAUAUAUGCUACCUGCACCACACAGUGGUUCCUUGAAUUCGUGUAAUUCCAUAGGCAAUUCUUUUUCCUUGGUGUGUUCACUUUUAACUGGAAUUAUAUUUUGGGAGAGAAGGAAAGGUUGUGUAGAUGCUUAAAAAAAAAUAAAAAUCUGAGAUUUUUUUAUAUAAGAAAUUUUAUGUUUUAAUUUUCCAACAUUUUCAUUCUCUAAGGCUACUUUCCUACUAGUAAAUAAUUGAAAUAACAUAUUGACUGUUAGCAAAAAUCCUUAAAAUAAAGAGAAAUUUAUUCUAACAUUGAAAAUUACACUGCAAGUGUUAAUCAUUAGCUUGAUGCAUGCUGAAAUGUAGCUUUUAAAAAGCAUUCUGCAUUAGUACUAAAAUAAGCCAUCAAUGCCAGUCCACCCUCUAUUCAUGGCUAAAUAUUUAAAAGUUAUUUAUAGCUUCUUUAAUGAAUUCUUGCUUAAACAAAGUGAAAUUAUGUCCUAGAAAAGUAGAAGCUAUUUGUAACUAGAACAGCACAACUGUAAAAGUUUUAUGAAUAUGUAUUUUAAUAAUACGGGGGUGAGCCUGAAUCUCCACAAGUUAAUGGAUAAGUCAGAACAGAGGACUGAUUUUGAAAGAUAGCCUAAAAAUGUAGAUUUGUUCUUUAGUAAAUUUUAACCAACUGUGCAUAUAUUUUUAGUUAAAACUGUUUUCUCUCAGCCCAUUCCCCCACAAAAAUCAAACCAAACCAAGAGUACCAUCACAUACACACAGAAGAGUCCUGACCCCAAUUGCCAUUCAAGUGAGCCCUGUUAGAUAUUCCCCCAGAAGCAAACUUUAUUGUGGGACUAUUGUGAUAUCCUUUACGGGCAUGUAAUUUCAAGAGUAGUGUCAUUAAAUAAUUUUUCAUAA